ACAUGGAUGAAGAAAUCUCUGCCCUCGUUGUUGAUAAUGGCUCCGGUAUGUGCAAAGCGGGUUUCGCUGGAGACGACGCCCCCCGAGCUGUCUUCCCCUCUAUCGUCGGUCGCCCGAGGCACCAGGGUGUGAUGGUGGGAAUGGGACAGAAGGACAGCUACGUGGGAGACGAGGCUCAGAGCAAGAGAGGCAUCCUGACCCUGAAGUACCCCAUCGAGCACGGCAUCGUCACAAACUGGGACGACAUGGAGAAGAUCUGGCAUCACACCUUCUACAAUGAGCUCCGUGUUGCUCCUGAGGAGCAUCCAGUGCUGCUGACUGAGGCUCCUCUCAACCCCAAAGCCAACAGGGAGAAGAUGACGCAGAUCAUGUUCGAGACCUUCAACACUCCUGCCAUGUACGUGGCCAUCCAGGCCGUGCUGUCGCUGUAUGCUUCUGGUCGUACCACAGGUAUUGUGAUGGACUCUGGUGACGGUGUGAGCCACACUGUGCCCAUCUACGAGGGCUACGCUCUGCCUCACGCCAUCCUCCGUCUGGAUCUGGCCGGCAGAGAUCUGACAGACUACCUGAUGAAGAUCCUGACAGAGCGAGGCUACAGCUUCACCACCACUGCCGAGCGUGAGAUCGUGCGUGACAUCAAGGAGAAGCUCUGUUACGUGGCUCUGGACUUUGAGCAGGAGAUGCAGACAGCAGCUUCCUCUUCCUCCCUGGAAAAGAGCUACGAGCUUCCUGACGGACAAGUCAUCACCAUCGGCAAUGAGCGGUUCCGCUGUCCCGAGGCGCUCUUCCAGCCUUCGUUCCUUGGUAUGGAGUCGGCUGGUAUCCACGAGACGACCUACAACAGCAUCAUGAAGUGUGACGUGGACAUCCGUAAGGACCUGUACGCCAACACUGUGCUGUCCGGUGGCACCACCAUGUACCCCGGCAUCGCCGACCGCAUGCAGAAAGAGAUCACUGCCCUGGCCCCGCCCACCAUGAAAAUUAAGAUUAUCGCUCCCCCCGAGAGGAAGUACUCAGUCUGGAUCGGCGGCUCCAUCCUGGCCUCUCUCUCCACUUUCCAGCAGAUGUGGAUCAGCAAGCAGGAGUACGAUGAGUCCGGCCCCGCCAUUGUUCACCGCAAGUGCUUCUAAAACGCUUCCAUGCUCCGCCCCCUCCGCCCUUGCAGGAGUCGCCGUACUUCCACUGUCCCAGCUAGACGUGCGUCUGGUUUGUCUCGCAUGGACACGCCUGAAGAUGCUGUGAAUACGACGGAUCAGGUUUAAGUGUUACAGUAAAAGUUUCACUUCAACCACAUUUAAAACACUUUUUCUAGUCCAGUUUGAGCUGUUGCAAACUGUCAGACAAGAAUUUCCACUGCAUCUCUCUCUGGUCAAACAACCUGUCAUCAAACUAAAGUCUUUCAAUAAAAUAUCAUUUAUUUACUUAA